CCCAGAAAGUAGCUCGUGUGUCCCUCUCGGCUCCCCGUACAGGAAGCUAGGGCUGGAGAGGAGGGAGCCACCCGGACAUGGCGGCUGCGGGGAUGAAAAAGCUGGCAGCACUCACCACCUUGACAUCUCUGAAUGUGUAUGCCAUAGCUGAGGAGGAACCCUCCGCAAAGCCACUGAAGCCAACUCAGCUCCCCAUUUAUAACGUACCAUGUCUCCAUUCUAAGUACAUUGAAGAGCAGCCUGGGCGCUUACAAACGGGCAUUGCUUCCGUCCGAACUACAGCCUGUCAUUAUGUUGGCUGGUGCAAAGGUGUCUAUGUUUGGAUGAGAAACGGAAUAAGGGAUACAGUACAGUUUGGGAAAGAUGCAUAUCUUUAUCUGAAGAAUCCGCCUCAAGAUUUUCUUCCAAAAAUUGGUGUGAUUACAGCUUCAGGAUUGCUUGGCUUGAUUUCAGCCAAAAAAGGCUCUAAAUUUAAGAAAAUUGCUUAUCCAUUGGGACUGACCGCUUUAGGAGCAUCUGUUUGCUACCCAGCUCAGGCAAUAUUAAUUACCAAGGUUACUGGGGGAAAGGCAUAUGCUACAAGCCAGUGGAUUUAUGAAGUUCUUGGGUCAUUGUGGACAGAAAACGACACACAAAAAGAAACUGAACUCAAAGAAGAAGUGAAGCUUAGAAGAGACGUCAAACUUGACACACCUGCAGCUAUGGCAGCAACACAAUCCAAAGUGUCCACGCUCAGUGCUGAAGUGGCAGGCAGACCAGCACCAUCCUCAGCAGGUGCUGUUACAGCCACACAAUUUAAGGCUGACCCCAAGCUCAUGGACCACGGUCAGUCCAGUCCAGAAGAUGUAGAUAUGUACAGCACUAGAAGUUGAAAUAAACUGCAUACAGAUCUUCAAGAAGUAGAAAGCUUGGCAAAUAAUAUAACUGGGCCCCCUAGCUAUAUCGCUUAAUCAGGUAUUUCCUUAACUUUUCAUCCAUCCAUCCAUCCACAGACAGACUCUGAAAGCAAUCAAAGCUGAGUUCAGUGUUGUCAGGAUGCAUUGGAUGCCAUACAAUGGGGCGCACUUAACACAGAAGAUGGAAUAAAGAUAUGAGCAUCACAGAGGCUUUGACAUUUUAAAUAUAUCUCUGAUUUAGCUGCCCUCUUAAUGUGACAGCUAAGCAAGAAUCCUGGGUAAAUGUUUUCUUUCUUUUUUACACUUUGGAGGUCUGGAGCAAAAUAUUCACAUUAAAGUACCAGGGCCUGAUAUUGGUAUUUUCAACCAUCUUUAAAUGUCAGAAACCAGCUCUGGCUGCUGCAUUUGUCUAAUAUAUUGCAUUUCUUUAAUAUAUGUAAGCAUGAAGAACAGAUCUUUUCAACAUCCUUCCUUUACUCUCAGAAGUAAUUGAAAUAAAAUAAAUUUGUGUGA